UUAUAAAUUAGCAUUAGCAUUCUUUUUCCUUUAAAAUUUUAUUUUCGCUCCCCAAAAGAACAGAAGAGGCAAAACACGAAAAAGAGUUCAAAUCAAGCAAGAUGGCCCGUACUAAGCAAACCGCUCGUAAGUCAACUGGAGGAAAAGCUCCCAGAAAGCAACUUGCUACUAAGGCUGCCCGUAAGUCUGCCCCAACUACUGGUGGAGUGAAGAAGCCUCACCGUUACCGCCCUGGAACUGUUGCUCUUCGUGAAAUUCGCAAGUACCAGAAGAGUACUGAGCUCUUGAUCAGGAAGUUGCCUUUCCAGAGGCUUGUUCGUGAAAUCGCCCAGGACUUCAAGACUGAUCUUCGUUUCCAGAGCCAUGCUGUGCUGGCACUUCAGGAGGCAGCUGAGGCGUACCUUGUUGGUCUGUUUGAAGACACAAACUUGUGCGCCAUCCAUGCAAAGCGUGUGACCAUCAUGCCUAAGGACAUUCAGUUGGCUCGUAGGAUCAGGGGCGAGCGUGCUUAAACACAUGCUAAUGGUGUUCUUUUUUAGUUUGUUGUCUCGUAUUAAGACAGAUAAUCGUAGAUAUAAUAUCAAACUCUUGGUAGUAUAUAGUUUUGUCGUUUUGUUGAUUAGGAUUUAUCGUCUUUUAUGGAUUAUUGCUAUUUUGUGUUUGUUGGAUUUGAAGGAUAUAUGCUAAAACUUGCUAUUUUGUUUGUUUGAAUUAUUUCUUGUUU